UUUUUUUAGGGUAAUUUUGCUAAUAUAAGUAGUCCAGUCCUCAAGACGAGCUCGUACCGUCGCAUCUUGAUUCUCCACUGAAGAGGAGCCAAACCUCACAAGUCAAAAAGCCCAAUUCCCAAAGGGAUCGGCAGGCGGACUCUAGUCUACCCGAAAGGAGAGGAGAUGCUGUCGUCUUCCACCUCCCACCUCCGCCUCCACCAACCAUCCAGAGCGGCGCGCCGCCUCCCGCCGGCUCCUGCUCCGGCGACCUACCAGUUCCAGUCGCCCGCAUCCCGUCGCUCCCUCCCCGCGCCGGCCGUCGGCGCCCGCAUCCGCCCCAACCGCGGCGGCACCAUCCGCGCCAUCGACGCCGCCCAGCCGUUCGACUACGAGUCCCGCGCGGCGGGGCUGCUGGAGGAGCGGCAGCGCCUGAAGAUCGCCAUCGUCGGGUUCGGCAACUUCGGGCAGUUCCUGGCCCGGACCUUCGCGCGGCAGGGCCACACCCUGCUCGCCCACUCCCGCUCCGACCACUCCUCCCUCGCCGCCUCCCUGGGCGCCGCCUACUUCCAGGACCCGCACGACCUCUGCGAGUGCCACCCGGACGUGGUCCUCCUGGCCACCUCCAUCCUCUCCGCCGAGGCCGUCCUCCGCUCGCUCCCCGUCCACCGCCUCCGCCGCAACACCCUCUUCGUCGACGUCCUCUCCGUCAAGGAAUUCCCCAAGAACCUCCUCCUCACCACGCUCCCGGAGGGCUUCGACAUCAUCUGCACCCACCCCAUGUUCGGCCCGGAGUCGGCCCGCGACGGCUGGGACGGCCUCCCUUUCGUCUUCGACAAGGUCCGCGUCGGCGACUGCCCCGCCCGCCGCGCCCGCGCCGACACCUUCCUCAACAUCUUCGAGCGCGAGGGCUGCCGCAUGGUGGAGAUGUCCUGCGCCGAGCACGACGCGCACGCCGCCGAGACGCAGUUCCUCACGCACACCGUCGGCCGCAUGCUCGCCACGCUUGAGCUCCAGUCCACCCCCAUCAACACCAAGGGUUACGAGACGCUGCUCCGCCUCGUCGACAACACCUGCAGCGACAGCUUCGACCUCUACAACGGACUCUUCAUGUACAACAAGAACUCCACCGACCUGCUCAACCGCCUCGAGUCCGCCAUGGAUUCCGUCAAGAAGAGGCUCUUCGACGGCCUCCACGACGUGCUCCGGAAGCAGCUCUUCGAGGGCAAGGCGUCGCCGCCCGCCACCAGCAGCAACACCAAAUCUGACGUGCACCGGGGGCAGCUCCUCUUGGAGGGCAAGGCCUCGCCGGCGCCGCUCAACGCCAACAACACCACCGUCCGGAAUUAGCCUCCUCCUCUCCCAAUGCUGCCUUGCUCGAUCCAUGGUGUGUUCCUCACAUACAUUGCAUUGUACUGUACUGUAAUAGUAUGAAUUUGUACUUCUGCCGUGUGAUUUCCUCUUUGGGGAGAAACUGGUGCUUGGGGAUUUCCCAUUGUAUUGUACCAUACCACCCCUUGCAUUGAAUUGUGACAUGGGGAUGAAGAAAAUUGAGGAAUAAACUUGACAUUAUCAAGGAAAAUCAGGAGAAGAA